AUGGAGCUGUUGCGGUGCUUGGUGCUUCUGGUAGCUGCAUUGCAGGUGGCGGCGGCACAAGAACAUGACUACUCGCAGUAUGUUAAUCCCUUUAUCGGAGGCGAAGGGCCUAUCCCAGGUCUGGCAUUUGGUGGAGGAGACAUCUUCGUCGGCGGCGCUCGACCUUUCGGCGUCGUCAAAGCUGGCAUCGACACUUAUGAGACCAACAUAUCCUUCUCCACCAUCAACGGCGGCUGGACACCGAAAGGACUCGUCACGGGAAUCUCCAUGAUGCAUGAGUCUGGAACCGGAGGGCCCCCGAAAUAUGGUAUUAUUUCUCAAAUGCCGCUGACAGACGUUGACGGGCAAGUCAAUCUGUUGGACAAUCGAACUUAUUGGCAGGAAAGGGUGGGCAAUGACAGCGCGAGUGUCGGAUACUUCAAGACUCAGUUGCAGAAUGAUGUCCAAGUGCAGAUCGGAGGCGCGAGGCACAGUGCCAUCUUCCAAUAUGACUUUCCGGCCGGAGACAAGUAUAUCUUGACGGACGUGUCACACUUCUUGCCGAAUGAAGGAGGGUCGAACAUCGAUCAGUAUUAUGCUGGAGGAUCCAUCACCAUUCGAAACGGGAGUCAAGAAUACACUGGAUACGGGAUCUACGGCGGAGGCUUCUCCAACAGUGCUCCGGCAACGACCUACUUCUGCGGCGAGUUUGAAGAUGUGCCUACUCAUGGAUACACCUUCAGAGGGCGGAACACCGCUCCAGUGCCGGGACAACACACGCUUUCUGACGAGCCUAUUCCUCAUCCUACAUUCCGAAACCGAAGUACAGAAGACUCUGGACCGCUGAUCGACCGCGUGGGGGCCAUCUUUCAGUGGACGAAUUCUUCCGCCAAAUCGAUAAAGUCUAGAGUCGGUAUCUCCUUCAUCUCGGUUGAGAAGGCCUGCCAGUACAAGAACCAGGAGAUCAUAUCAUGGAAUCUCAACGACACAGUCUCGGAUGCUGUUCAGGAAUGGAAUCAAGAUGUUUUCAGUAAAGUACGUGUGCCUACAGAUUCAACUCAGAACAAGACAAACUCGAUUCUGUUAUACUCAAGCUUGUACUUCAUGCACCUCAUGCCAUCCGACCGGUCGGGCGAGAAUCCUCUAUGGGAGAGCCAAGAUUCUUGGGACGACUUUUAUACCCUGUGGGAUAUCUUCCGCUGCACAAUUUCGUUCUACCACCUGGUCCAGCCAACUUACUACGCGAGUAUGGUCCGCGCCAUCAUCGACAUUUGGAAAUACGAAGGUUUCAUGCCGGAUGGACGGAGUGGAAACUAUAACGGGCUCGUGCAAGGCGGCAGCAAUGCAGACAAUGUUUUAGCGGACGCGUAUGUCAAAGGUCUGCCCGGCAUCAAUUGGACCGAAGCGUACCAGGCCAUGAAGAAAGACGCUGAGGUCACACCUUUCAACACCUUCAACCUCGUCGAUCCGAGCAAUGGAAUACAGCAAGGUAGGGGUGCCCUGUAUGAUUGGCUUCCUCUGGGCUAUGUCUCGGCAGACAAGAGCACGCGAGCUAUUUCUCGGACCAUCGAAUACGCUCUCAACGACUACUCGCUCUCCGUCGUUGCGAAGGGAAUUGCGCCUGACGAUGUCGAGAAGUAUCUGAAUCGCUCUGCCAAUUGGCAGAAUAUCUGGGCUCAUAAUUUCACGCACAAGGGCUUUACUGGAUUCCCUGUCCCAAGGCUCUCUUCUGGGCCGUUCAACACUACGGAUUACAAUCCCGCUCUAUGUGGCGGCUGCGAGUGGCAGUCUAUCACUUACGAAGGCACGCCCUUCGAAUACGCUUUCACUGUCCCGCACGACAUGCAGACUCUCAUCCAGUUCAUGGGUGGAGCAUCAGAGUUCGAACGCCGCCUCGACUACAUCUUCCAACCCGGUACCGCGGAACAGGAUCUCGGAGCCAACGGCGCAGGCAUCACGACCAUCAUGAACAUCGGCAACGAGCCCGACUUCGCCACGCCCUACGAAUACCACUACGUCAACAAACAGGCCAAAUCCGUCCAACGCUCCCGCUCACUCGCAAACCAAUACUUCCACGACGCCACCUACGGCGUCCCGGGCAAUUCUGACGCAGGCGCCCUGAAUUCCUGGAUGCUGUGGCAGAUGCUCGGUCUCUAUCCCGUCGUGACUCAGACCACCUACCUCCUCGGAAGCCCCUGGUUCCGCGACAUCAACGUGACGAUCAACGGAGACCAGAAUCUCCGCAUCACGGCCCGCAAUCUGGACAAUGCGAACAGUUAUUAUGUGCAGAGUGUAAGCAUCAACGGUCAGAAUUGGGAUAGGAAUUGGUUCGAGCAUCACGAUGUCAUGGUUCAUGGGGGCACUAUUGAGUUUGUUUUGGGGUCGAAUAUGACGAUGUGGGAGACGGGUGGUGUGCCGCCGAGUCCGGGGCAUUAUACUAAACCUAGGGUCAUGUAG